UCUCAUGAACAUAUCGUCCGCUAGGCUUCAGGAUGACCUAUGUUGAGCAAGUCAAGCGAACAUUCCUCUCGCAGCCUCAAUUCGCUGUCGUCGGCGCAUCAAAGGACCAGUCAAAAUGGGGAACCAAGGUUCUGAAAUGGUAUAAAGACCGCGGCAAGCGGGUUACGCCUGUGCACCCUAGAGAGCCGGAGUUGGAGGACCUCCCAACAGUGAAGUCACUGUCCGACCUAUCUGUUCCUCAAGAGACUGCUGUCAGCGUCAUUACUGCUCCGCCAAUCACCAUUGGCCUUUUGAAAGAGGCGAAGGCCCUUUCUAUCCCAGCGCUCUGGCUUCAGCCAGGCACCCAUGAUGACACGGUUGUCUCGUUUAUACGGGAUAAUAACAUGGAGGACAAGGUGAUUUAUGGAGGGCCGUGUAUCCUCGUAGAGGGGGAUGGAAUCCUCAAGAGCAUGCUGUAAAUUACGAACUACGAUUUCGAUACAAUGUCACGGAUCACGCGUGCUCAGAUGACUGCAUCAAGCCAUUGGACCGCUCAAGAGGAAAUUCCGACAUGCAGAUAUGUGAUCAGUACGAGGGCGGGCAUCCACCGAAGCAAAGGGAAUCCAUUCACCACCAGGUUCCGUGCAGAUGAUAAUGCGGAUGCUACAUAUCCGUUCAGGCCAUAGUCUUCAAGACACCAUCUCCGUCUCUCAAAAUGCAUGGGCCGC